CAGCACCAAGAGCCAGUAGGCUAAUCGUUUGCCUGGUUGUUUUACUGUCAAUGUGUUCCAGUACUUGAGAGUUAAAACGGACAGGCGUCGUUUCCUGCACUUACACGAACGAACGCCCGCGGUUGGAACUACGCAAGACAGAAAACGGGAACGUGAAACGGAGAGAAAACGUCGUUUCGUCUCUCAGUCGGCUUUAAAAGUUGUAUUGUAGACUACGAGUUGUCAAUUAAUUGGCACAGACGGACAAUGCCGAUCGUAGCUAUGAGCUCUUUGGUGCUUAGAAGUUCGUUGGUAGUAGUCGCUGUUCUAGCAUUUCGCUGCUUGGCAUUGGAAGAUGAGCCCGACAUGACCCAGCGAGAGGUGGACUUUUCCAAAAUUCUUGGAGAGAAAGGUAUCAGUCAGCUUGAUCAUGUCCAUGACGUGACCCAAAGAGAGAUGACCUUUGGCAGUGAAGAUCUUUGGGAACACAUAGAACUUCCUGAGGCUGGCCCUGACUUUACCCAAAGAGAAGUGACCUUUGACCUUCCAAAGAUUUUGAGAGAAAGAGGCUCCAGGAGGGGGGAACCAGAUAUGACACAACGGGAGGUCACCCCUGACCUUGAUGGGCAUUUUGAGGAAAUUGAUUGGCCAAUGUUGGUCCCUCGCUCCUCCAAACUCGACAUGUCAUUUCCCCCUGCCCGCCCUUCCUUCCACAACUUUCCUGCCAUCUGUCUCUAUGGUGAGGAUCGGUCUAGAUACCCACCCAGCUCCCUUCCCCAGACUGGUUUCAGCCACCUGCAAAGACAGGGAGAUGCCAUCAACCGUGUUGAGUCCUUGUACAGUUUUUGUUGCCAGAAGAAUGGGACUCAGGGCAAAGAACUUUCCCUCUGCUGUGCUCAACAGGCGUGGGAGUAUGUUCUAAACGGUUUCUGUGAAGAGGAAUUCUCCAUCAAGACUGCUCAUUAUCACUGCUGCAAGAAGCGGGGGGGGGCACGGUGGAGCUGUUUUGAGAAGGAGGGUCGCAGCUUCUCUUACCAGCCUACCAGCAAGGGUUCAGUGGCCCUAAAAUCAGAUCCAGAGCCAGGGUUCACCUGGGACCCCAACACUUGCCAGCGGGCAAGCUUGGAGCCCAGGGGGGCCAAAGAGCCAAAGGUCCCAGACAUCAGCUUCCCACCUGGCAGGCCCACUCCAUCCAACAUUGGACGGAUCUGCCGUCUCCGCAAGCUCCGCCCGCGGUACAACCUCAAGUGUUUGCCAAGUAACAGCUAUGGCUGGCUUGAGCGUCAGUCAAAGGCCAUCAACAGGAUGGAGAAGGCCAUUAAGCAGUGCUGUAAGGGGCAGAAUGAGGUGGCCUGUGCUAAUGGAAAGUGGAAGGUGGUGAUGGACAGGUACUGUGCGGAGGAGCACUCUGUCAAAGACAGUCCCUUCCCCUGCUGCGAUCUGCCUCAGGGACCAGAUCGCUACAGCUGUCUUUCAUCCCACGCGCCCCACCCACGAUAUGAUCGUGAAAUGCUCCAGCACGAAGUCACCCAUGUUACGCUCAAACCUGGCCUGAUCUGUGACACUCACAAGUUGCUCACAAAGAAAUUUUCUGUGCCGUUUCCAGUUAAAAGUUUAGUCAGUCAGUGUUGCCACCUACCUGCAGCGCAGAGAACAGCAUGUGUUCAAGGAAAGCUGGAUGACUUGAUGGAGAGAAUGUGCACAGGAAAGGAACCACUGCCUCCAGCUGUUUCCCCCGACUGCUGCAUGCAAACUUCCCAUGGUGCCCCCAACUGUCUCUUCAAAUUGCUGGAAGAGGCCGCUAUCAAGGCAACUAAGUUUUCUGCCCUCAAGAAGAAGUGCCCCCUGGUCUAACUUAUUCACUAUCCCUGUCUUUCACAUAACUGUUUUUUCCCCCAGAUGAUCAUUGGUGUUCUCAGAUAAGAAUGAAAUUGGAUGAAAAAAAAUCUACAAGUUCAAAUGAUCAACGAUACAUGUGUAAAAUAUUUUCUUUAGAUAUAAUUAAAACAUGCACACAUUAAUAUUAGAAUAUUAGUAGUUCAAAUACAUGCAGUAUACAUGCAGUAUACAUGCUUUUGUAUGUAUGCAUUUCAUAUGUAACCAGGGUUACUGGUCUCAUUCUUCUUGUAUGAUUUAUACCUCUGUGCUACCUCCCUAGCAAACUAUGCUUCCACUAUUUUGAUUGUAGUUCAUGGAUACAUUUAUUUGAAAGGUAUUUUGUGUUUUAUUACAAAAUGCAAAGUGUAUUUUUGCACAUUUCUGGCAAGAGCUCAUUGUUCACAAUCUUGUACUCAAAUGAACAUUUAAAUAAAUUUAGUUUUUCCAUCAA